GACUUGUUCCUAUCCAGUCUUGAGAUCGCUUUGUAAACUGCCAGCCAUGUCACUUUCACAAGCUAUUGGCCAACUACCAAAAUAAUGGUUCGCAUUUUCCCCACGUAUUACAGAUCAAAAAAGUCCCAUGUCACAGAUAUCCCGUCGUUAUCGUCCGGCAAGCAUACGGUUCCAGAACGUGUCGUUGGUAGCAGGAGCGAGACCAAUUAAUAUUGUCAGCACCAUGCCUCUCGACAAGCGAUAUGACAGUGUAAUCGAGCGAAAGCUCGUGUUGGGAAUCGACGUCGGAACGACCUACAGCGGCGUCUCGUUUUGCAUUCUAGACACGGGAGGGACCCCUGAAAUUCAUAGCGUUAUGCGCUAUCCUGGACAAGAAGGAGACAAUCAGGUGAGGGACACAAAGAUCCCCACGAUCGUCUACUAUGAUGAAGAAGGAACAGUUCGUGCGGUAGGGGCGGAGGCGAAAUCACACGACAAUCGACAGAAGGCCUCGGAUGAAGGCUGGGUAUUGACCGAAUGGUUCAAAUUACAUCUUCGUCCACGCGAGUUGGCGUCGGAUGAUAAGCAUCUGCGAAUGCUUCCGCCGAAUAAGACCGUUGUACAGAUCCUGGCGGAUUUUAUGCGAUACCUGUACAAAUGCGCCAAAAAGUACAUAUCCGAGAAAGACCCAAUGGGACGUCAAUUGCUGCAGUCUGAAUCGAACGUCGAAUUCGUUCUUACGCACCCUAAUGGAUGGGGUGGCAGCCAACAAGCAAAGAUGCGGCGAGCGGCUGUACUUGCAGGCCUCGUUCCAGACUCGGACGCUGGCCAAUCGCGGAUCCGUUUCGUGACAGAGGGGGAAGCUAAUCUGCAUUAUUGCAUAACUAAUGGUCUCACUGGAGACGUCGCCAAGGCCGACAACCAAUUGAUGAUCGUCGAUGCUGGAGGAGGUACUGUCGAUCUGAGUACAUACAGGAUCACGAGCACGAUACCUGCCAAGGCUGUUGAGAGCAUUCCUCCGGAUUGCGUCAUGCAGGGAUCGACAUUUGUCAACAACAGAGCUGAACAAUUCCUCAGAGACAAGCUCAGAAGUUCACAUUUUGGCAACGACGAAGACAUCCAAACGAUGCUCGAGUGUUUCGAGAACUCUGCCAAGCCUACGUUCAGGGACCCUACGAAGGCUUCCUAUAUCAGGUUUGGUAGUGUUCGAGAUACCGAUGAGCAGUGCGAUAUCAAGAGAGGAACGCUGAGUUUGUCUGGGUCGGACAUGGCCACUCUAUUCCAUCCCUCCGUUAGCGCUAUCGAGGAUGCAAUGAGGAAGCAAUCGUCGAGGACCGGCGGACGAAUCAAUAUUGUGCUGUUAGUGGGAGGGUUUGCGAAGAACGAAUACUUGCGUGCCGAGCUUCAGAGCUACGCACAACGCUUCGGCUUAUCGCUGUUCUAUCCGGAUGGUGCCAGUGGGCCCGCCAAAGCCGUCGCGGAGGGUGCUCUCUCUCAUUAUCUCGAUGAUAUUGUGUCUGCACAUGUGGCGAAAUUCACCCACGGAUCGGAUUGCAACACCCGCUAUAUCUCGUCCUUUCCCUCCCAUAAGACACGACAGAACAAGAUUUUCCUAGGCGCAUCGGGUAUGCGGCUGCUUCCGGAUGCCUUUUUGACUAUCUUGCCUAAGGGAACACAAGUAUCGAAGGAGGAGGAAUUUCAACAAUCCUUUGUGCAAAAAACACACACCCCCCUCAAUGAGCUCUUAAGCAACGUAAUCCGUUACAAAGGAUCUGAGCGGGACCCGCAAUGGAUGGACGAAGAGCCGGGUAAGCAUCAAGCAAAGCAUCCAGUUCAGUCCAGUUCAUUUGAAGCACCCUAGAAAUGUUUGACACGUUGUGCACUAUACGUGCGGACAUCUCGCACAUUCCGAAGGUACAGAAGCGAGGCAUGCGAGGCGACUAUUACGAGCA